AUGCUUUUUCCAGAAAAAAAUGCUAAAGAAUUGUCAGAAAAACGUGAUAAUGAUUCAAAAUCUCAGCUAUCAGCAUGCUCUUCUCAUAGGAGAUUUCUCAAUAUGAUAAAAUCCUCAUCUAAGGCCAUCAAUAUUUUACAUUUAGCAUUUGCCUUUUCAGUAAUUUUUACACAGAUGCUUGUAGUUUUGGCUGUCAACAUUACAGUCUUAAUUUAUGCUUUUUACGACAUAAAUUUAAUCAGUGACAUGAGUCUUCCUAUAAGCAUAGGAAAAUCUGGAAAAGAUUUUCAGAGAAUCGGCUAUCUAUCAAGAAUGAUAUAUGUAGCCACUGUCAUUAAGUCUAAUGAUCCAGCAACUGCAUUAACGUUUCAGGAAUAUAAAGAAAAAUUAGCGGAUUUAGAAAAUAUUUAUUGAAAUGUUACUAUGAAUCUUAAAAUCAGAAAUUCUUGCUUAGGCCAAAGCAUUUUGACUGAUGAAGCUGUAAAUUUAUGGAGAAUCGAUGAAAAUGGAGUUUAUAAGAAAAAAUCAACCUUGAUAGAUACAAUUGCAGCAUUUAUCAAAAUUGUAAAAUUUAUUUAGGGAAAGAGUUUCUUAAGCGAAUUAAAUAAUACUGGCAAUGGACUGAAUGAUAUGUCGUUUUUAUUAUUAAAUGGGUAUGGAGAAUCGAUUCGAUAUUGCAAUAAUUCACUUUAUGAUAUUAUAGACUACCAAAAAUCUAUGAUGAGCAGCUUUAAAACUGACAUGAUAAUUCUUUUAUUAUUAGGAAUUGCGCUCCUGAUUAUAUGCAUUUUAAUAAUGAUUCCAUUUUAUUACACAAUCAUUAAGAUAGAAAACAAUCUUUGGAAUACAAUAAGAAAAAAUGCCUAUAGUCACUAUUUUGAGCUAAAGCAAAUAAUUAUGGAAAGACUUAAAUAUGCUCAUUUUCAGGCAGACGUAACACUAAAUGAGCCUCAUCUUUCUAUGAAGCCAUAUACUUUUAAAAGCUAUUGAAAGUAUGCAUGAAGAACUCUUAUAUUUUUGGCCUUUUCUUUAUUAUUUUCAAUAAUAAACAUCACCUAUCUUUACGAAAAAUGUGCUGACUAUUUAUUGGCUAGACCAGAAGUUUUAAAGACUUUAAUAAAUAUACAAGUUUUAUAUACAAGCUUGAAUAUAUGAACAACUGAGAUUAGCAUGACAAAAUUUGGAUUACCGAUUCUAGAUCAAUUAUCGUCUAUGUUUCCUUUCAGUGAUAACGAAAAUGAAUUUUUAGAAAUCGUAUCAAAAUUAGAUUACUCAAAUUCGGCAAUAAGGAAAAACGAGUGUGCAGACGUUUUAUCAGAAAAUAUUAAAGCUGCUCUUUAUGAAUAUGAUAAACAGUAUAGUGCAGAUUAUUUAGCAUAUGGAAUAUACUCUUCAAAGUUAAGUAUAAUGGCCGAUGCAUAUUCUCUUUCUUUUUAUUAUCCAGAUUAUUUUAUGUGAAGAAAGUGAAUUGCGGCUCUCCAAGAAUUAGAUUACAAUUUUGAUAGUUUUAUUGAUGAGACUGAUAAGUAUUCACAAAGCGUUAUAGAUAACCAAAUGAAAAUUAUCGUAGCAGUGCUCAUCGCUUUUAUUCUUUUUUCUUUUGCUUUAUAUUUAGGGCUUUAUUUGGUGUUUUUCAGAAGAGAAAAGAAAUAUUUUCAGAAAAUAAAUGCUGUGAUGAAAAUUAUGCCGUAA